AUGGCUGUGCCGGACGAAGAGAUAGAGGAAGUUUUCAAGCUAUUCGACCAGGAUGGCUCGGGAAUCAAGAUUAAGGAGAUUGGAACUGUGAUGCGAAGUCUCGGCCUGGCGGCGUCUGAGGCUCAGCUUCGCGAAUUCCGGGUGGAGGCCGAGAAGAAGGACCCCGCCUUCGUACAGUUUCCCGACUUCCUGGGCUAUGUCAAAAGAAUGGAAACGGUUGAGGCCACCAAGUCUAGUGACGUGGCCAAAGAACUCGAGGGAAUGAAGGUCGGUUUGCUGUACUUCUUCGACAAGUUGACCUCGAAGCAGAUUCGAGAGAGCCCUCCGGACUCCAUCAAGAUGGCAGACCUCAAGCACAUCAUGUCAUCAGUCGGCGAGAAGAUGACAGAGGAGGAGAUUGAGGAGAUGGCCCGUGAAAUCCGUGCCAGCUGCAAGAUGGAGGUAGAGGCACAGUCACGAUUUCGGGACAUUGCCGAAGCAUACGAUGUGCUCAUAGAUCCACUCAGACGGCAGCAGUUCGAUGCCCAUGGAGAGGUAGGCCUGAAGAAUCCGCCUCACGGCACUGAUUUUGAGCCUUACCAGUAUGUGGGGGAUCCUUUCGAGCUCUUCAACCAGUUCUUUUCCUCAGCGGACCCUUUGAGCGUAGCGUACGAGCCGGAAUUGGAAGACCUGCCUGUGCUCCCUUCCAUGCCAAAGGAGCCUACGAUCGAGAUGGAGAUCGAAUGCACCCUUGGCGAACUCAAGGAGGGCAACACCAGGUGUGUGGUGGUGGAACGGACGCGGCUGGGGCCUGGCUUCAUCCCAUAUCAGGAGAAGAAGCCAGUGACGCUUCCCAUCAAACCUGGAUGGCAAGCGGGGAUGAGGAUCAUCUUCAAAGGUGCAGGCAACCACAGCCACAAGGACAACCAGUGCGAUGCCCAGGGGCGUCCUCGUGCCAUCUGA